AUGAAAGGUCUGCGCACUUACCUAGUUCGCUGUGGGGAUCAAAUACGAUUUGUUCAUGUGGACCAUUUGAAGAGUGCUCGUUGUAUCCAGUCUUCAAGAUCUCGAGAGCGCGAGGAAGAUGGUAAUUACGCACGAAACUUGCUAAGUUCCUAACUGAAGUGAAGAGUGGAGCGUGGAGUCCUUCUGAACCACUGGUUAAUAUAUCCGAGACAGGAGAAGUUCCUGACGCAGGUGACGUGGAGGAACAGGACACAACUGAGGUGACACCAGAAUCAUCGUUGGGAGACGCUUUGGAGGUAGCAAGUCCCACAGGGACACCAUUGUCACCGCGCGCAGAACCGAGGUACCCAAGUCGGGAGAGGAGACCACCACGCAGAUUCAUGUGA